GGAGUGCUUGGACUUGGUGUGAUUUUUGGACUCUGGACAUUACAAAAGGAAGUGAGACGGCAGUUUGGGGCCAUGGUGGCCACCAUGUUCUGCUGGGUGACGGCCUUGCAGUUCCACCUGAUGUUCUACUGCACGCGGACACUGCCCAACGUGCUGGUCCUGCCUGUGGGUACGUAGCUGCUGCCCCUCUCUGCCUGGCUGGGGCAUGGGUGGGCCCGCUUCAUCUGGCUGUCGGCCUUCGCCAUCAUCGUGUUCAGGGCAGAGCUGUGCCUGUUCCUGGGCCUCCUGCUGCUGCUCACUUUGGGCAGCCGAAAGGUUUCUGUGGUCAGAGCCCUUCGCCACGCCAUCCCAGCCGGGGUCCUCUGUUUAGGGCUGACAGUCGCUGUGGACUCUUAUUUUUGGCGGCAGCUCACGUGGCCAGAAGGAAAAGUGCUUUGGUACAACACUGUCCUAAACAGAAGCUCCAACUGGGGGGUAUCCUUCAGUGUCCGUGCAGGGGGGUGAUGAGUGGGACCCCCAGACACACCUCCUGGGCCUCCGUGGGGACCUCCCCGCUGCUGUGGUACUUCUACUCAGCCCUGCCUCGCGGCCUGGGCUGCAGCCUGCUCUUCGUCCCACUGGGAUUGAUGGACAGAAGGAUGCACGCGUUGACAGUGGCGGCUCUCGGCUUUGUGGCACUGUACUCCCUCCUGCCUCAUAAGGAGCUGCGCUUCGUCAUCUACGCCUUCCCCGCACUCAACGUCACGGCCGCCAGAGGCUGCUCCUACCUGCUGAAUAACUAUAAAAAGUCUUGGCUGUACAAAGCGGGGUCUCUGCUUGUGAUCGGACAUCUCCUGGUGAAUGCCGCCUACUCGGCCACCGCCCUGUAUGUGUCCCAUUUCAACUACCCGGGCGGCGUGGCGAUGCAGAGGCUACACCAGCUGGUGCCCCCCCAGACAGAUGUCCUUCUGCACAUUGACGUGGCAGCUGCCCAGACAGGUGUGUCUCGGUUUCUCCAAGUCAACAGCGCCUGGAGGUACGACAAGAGGGAGGACCUGCAGCCAGGGGCAGGCAUGCUGGCAUACACGCACAUCCUCAUGGAGGCGGCCCCUGACCUCCUGGCCCUCUACAGGGACACGCACCGGGUCCUGGCCAGUGUUGCAGGCACCACAGGUGUGAGUCUGAACCUGACCCAGCUGCCCCCCUUCAACGUCCACCUGCAGACAAAGCUGGUGCUUCUGGAGAGGCUCCCCCAGCCAUCCUGAGGUGCACUGGGCAGCCCUCAGCAGCCACAGGCCCUCCCAGAGCUGCUGUCGCUCCCAGUUUCCGCACAGUUGUGACAAUUCAGAGAAGCAAAUCAAAGCACUGUGCACAUGGCUCCGACAGACACCAGAGCAGGGCCAGGGCCUCCUCUGUGGCUUCACCUGGGGCUGGCAGCGUCAGAGAAUGAGGGGCCCGGGUCUUGUUGGCCCCCCGGGAGCCAUUGGCCAGGGUGGCAGUGGCCUCAGGCCUUCCUGUAGGUAGGCAGGGUGGGUGACAUAGUUGUCUGGCAUCCAGACCAAGUGCCAUUCGUGACUAAUUGGGAGCAGCAGGCCCACCCGGGCACCUGUCUGUGAGGCUACGUGUGUCCUGGCCUCCUGGGGGAUCUGUAUUUUGGCAGCAUCCUGCACCUGCUGCCUGAGGGUCUCUUGGGGCAUCUAAGACAGCACCCCCUCUCAGGAGACCAUGGUGGCCCGGGCUGACCCCCAUCCGCCACCGCCCCUGCAACUGGUGUAUUCAUAGGCAUCCCAUCUCCAUCACAGAUGAAAUUUUAGGAGAUAAACACGUUCAAAAAGGAAUGAGAUAAAAAGAAUAAGGCAAUAAAAUGUUGAUUGGAACCU